CGGUGACGUCACCAUCGGCUAUCUUAUAAAUAGGGGCGCUGACAGGAGCGGCCGCCAGUCGGCGUCUGUGAGGAGGCGGGAAGGUUUGCUGAGGGAAGAGCAGAGGUCGGUUGGAUUGCGAGAGAGCGGCGCAGGCCCUUCAUUCAGACCCGAGAAUGGACCCUACCGGUGUCAAAGUGCUGGAAACGGCAGAGGACAUACAAGAGAGGCGCCAACAGGUUCUGGACCGCUACCACCGGUUCAAGGAGCUCUCCACGUUGAGGCGCCAGAAGCUGGAGGAUUCCUACCGCUUCCAGUUCUUCCAGCGCGAUGCGGAUGAGCUGGAGAAAUGGAUCCAGGAGAAGCUCCAGAUUGCGUCGGACGAGAACUACAAGGAUCCGACCAAUUUACAGGGGAAGCUGCAGAAGCACCAGGCCUUUGAAGCCGAGGUGCAGGCCAACUCUGGGGCCAUCGUGAAACUGGACGAGACUGGGAACCUCAUGAUCACGGAAGGGCAUUUCUCAAGUGAAACCAUCAGGACUCGAAUGCAGGAGCUUCACCGUCAAUGGGAGCUGCUUUUGGAGAAGAUGCGGGAGAAAGGAAUCAAGCUCCAGCAAGCCCAGAAGCUGGUGCAAUAUUUGCGAGAGUGCGAAGAUGUGAUGGACUGGAUCAACGACAAGGAAGCGAUUGUGACCUCGGAAGAGCUGGGCCUGGACCUGGAGCACGUGGAGGUUUUGCAGAAGAAAUUUGAGGAGUUCCAGACAGACUUGGCGGCCCACGAAGAGCGAGUGAACGAAGUGAACCAGUUUGCGGGGAAGCUGAUCCAGGAGCAGCACCCUGAAGAAGAGUUAAUCAAGUCCAAACAGGACGAAGUCAAUGCAAGCUGGCAGCGGCUGAAAGGCCUGGCUCUCCAGAGGCAAGGGAAGCUCUUUGGAGCCGCCGAAGUGCAGCGCUUUAACAGAGAUGUGGACGAAACUAUAAGUUGGAUUAAGGAGAAGGAGCAGCUGAUGGCCUCGGACGAUUUUGGCAGAGACCUUGCCAGCGUCCAGGCUUUGCUCCGCAAACACGAGGGUUUGGAGAGAGACCUGGCGGCUCUGGAAGAUAAGGUGAAGGCCUUGUGUGCCGAGGCUGACCGACUGCAGCAAUCGCACCCUCCCAAUGCCUCUCAGAUCCAUGUGAAACGCGAGGAGCUGAUUGCAAACUGGGAGCAGAUUCGAACCCGGGCGGCUGAGAGACACGCUCGCCUCAAUGACUCCUACAGGCUGCAGCGAUUCCUUGCGGACUUCCGGGAUCUCACAAGCUGGGUGACGGAAAUGAAGGCUCUGAUCAAUGCCGACGAACUGGCCAAUGACGUGGCCGGAGCCGAAGCCCUCCUGGACAGGCAUCAGGAGCAUAAGGGAGAAAUUGAUGCCCAUGAAGAUAGUUUUAAAUCCGCGGAUGAAUCUGGCAACGCUUUGCUCACUGCUGGGCACUAUGCCUCUGAUGAAGUCAAAGAGAAGCUGACCAUCCUUUCCGAGGAGCGGACGGCCCUCCUGGAGCUGUGGGAGCUUCGCCGGCAGCAGUACGAACAGUGCAUGGACCUGCAGCUUUUCUACCGAGACACCGAGCAGGUUGACAACUGGAUGAGCAAACAAGAAGCCUUCUUGCUGAACGAGGACCUUGGGGAUUCCCUUGACAGCGUGGAAGCUCUGCUGAAGAAGCACGAAGACUUUGAGAAGUCCCUUAGUGCUCAAGAAGAAAAAAUCACAGCCCUGGAUGAAUUUGCUACCAAACUGAUUCAGAACAACCACUACGCUAAAGAAGACGUCGCAACUCGCAGGGAUGCGCUGCUCAGCCGCCGCAACGCUUUGCACGAACGGGCCAUGUACCGCCGGACCCAACUUGCCGAUUCGUUCCACCUGCAGCAGUUUUUCAGGGACUCGGAUGAGCUGAAGAGCUGGGUCAACGAGAAGAUGAAGACCGCCACCGACGAGGCCUACAAGGACCCAUCCAACCUUCAGGGGAAAGUUCAGAAACACCAGGCGUUUGAAGCAGAACUGUCUGCAAACCAGAGCCGUAUUGACGCCCUUGAAAAAGCUGGGCAGAAGUUGAUUGAUGUCAAGCAUUACGCCUCGGACGAAGUGGCCGCUCGCAUGAAUGAAGUCAUCAACCUGUGGAAGAAACUCUUGGAAGCCACCGAACUGAAAGGGAUCAAGCUUCGUGAAGCCAACCAGCAGCAGCAGUUCAACCGCAACGUGGAAGACAUUGAGCUGUGGCUCUACGAAGUGGAAGGGCACUUGGCUUCGGACGAUUAUGGGAAGGACCUCACCAACGUCCAGAACCUUCAGAAGAAACACGCUCUGCUGGAAACGGAUGUGGCUGCUCACCAGGACCGCAUUGAUGGCAUCACCAUCCAGGCCAGACAGUUCCAGGAGGCCGGGCACUUCGAUGCCGACAACAUCAAGAAGAAGCAGGAGGCGUUGGUCGCCCGGUACGAGGCCCUCAAGGACCCCAUGGUGGCCCGCAAGCAGAAGCUGGCCGAUUCCCUUCGCCUGCAGCAGCUCUUCCGGGACGUGGAAGACGAGGAGACCUGGAUCCGAGAGAAGGAGCCCAUUGCGGCCUCGACCAACAGAGGAAAGGACCUGAUCGGGGUGCAGAACUUGCUGAAGAAGCACCAAGCCUUGCAAGCGGAGAUUGCAGGACACGAGCCUCGCAUCCGAGCCGUCACUCAGAAGGGAAAUGCCAUGGUGGACGAAGGACACUUUGCUGCCGAAGACGUGAAAGCCAAGCUGAGCGACCUGAACCAGAAAUGGGAAUCCUUGAAAGGCAAGGCCUCCCAGCGCCGGCAGGAUCUGGAGGACUCCCUGCAGGCCCAGCAGUACUUUGCCGACGCCAACGAGGCCGAGUCCUGGAUGCGGGAGAAGGAGCCCAUCGUGGGCAGCACCGACUACGGGAAGGACGAGGAUUCGGCCGAGGCUCUUCUCAAGAAGCACGAAGCCCUGAUGUCCGACCUCUCCGCUUAUGGCAGCAGCAUCGAGGCCUUGAGGGAACAAGCCCAGGCCUGUCGGCAACAAGUUGCUCCAACCGAUGACGAAACGGGCAAAGAGCUGGUUCUGGCUCUGUAUGACUAUCAAGAGAAGAGUCCUCGGGAGGUGACCAUGAAGAAGGGAGACAUCCUGACUCUGCUGAACAGCACCAACAAGGACUGGUGGAAGGUGGAAGUGAACGACCGGCAGGGCUUUGUCCCGGCUGCCUACGUGAAGAAGCUGGACCCGGCCCAGUCCGCCUCCCGGGAGAACCUUCUGGACGAACAGGGCAGCAUCGCCUUGCGGCAGGAGCAAGUCGACAACCAGACUCUUAUAACUAAGGAGGUCGGCAGUGUCUCUCUCCGUAUGAAACAGGUGGAAGAACUGUAUCACUCUCUCCUCGACCUGGGGGAGAAGCGCAAGGCCAUGCUGGAGAAGAGCUGCAAGAAGUUCAUGCUCUUCCGCGAGGCCAACGAGCUCCAGCAGUGGAUCAACGAGAAGGAGACGGCGCUCACCAACGAGGAGGUCGGGGCCGACCUGGAACAGGUGGAGGUGCUGCAGAAGAAGUUCGACGACUUCCAGAAAGAUCUGAAAGCCAACGAGUCCCGGCUGAAGGACAUCAACAAAGUGGCCAACGACCUGGAGUCCGAGGGCCUCAUGGCUGAAGAAGUGCAGGCCGUGCAGCAGCAGGAAGUGUACGGAGCGAUGCCACGGGAUGAAACCGACUCCAAGACGGCAUCUCCUUGGAAGUCUGCCCGGAUGAUGGUGCACACCGUGGCGACCUUUAACUCCAUCAAGGAACUGAACGAGCGCUGGCGCUCCCUUCAGCAGUUGGCGGAAGAACGGAGCCAGCUUUUGGGAAGCGCCCACGAAGUCCAGAGGUUCCACAGAGACGCUGAUGAAACCAAGGAGUGGAUUGAGGAAAAGAACCAGGCCCUCAACACAGACAACUACGGGCACGACCUGGCCAGCGUGCAGGCCCUGCAGCGGAAGCACGAGGGCUUUGAGAGGGACCUGGCGGCUCUUGGCGACAAGGUGAACUCCCUGGGAGAGACUGCCGAGCGCCUGAUCCAGUCUCACCCGGAAGCCUCUGAAGAUCUCCAGGAGAAAUGCACGGAGCUCAACCAAGCCUGGAACAGCCUGGGGAAGCGCGCCAACCAGCGCAAGGAGAAGCUUGGGGACUCCCAUGACCUGCAGCGCUUCCUCAGCGACUUCAGGGACCUGAUGUCGUGGAUCAACGGCAUCCGUGGCCUCGUGUCCUCGGAUGAACUCGCCAAGGAUGUGACUGGAGCAGAGGCCUUAUUGGAGCGACACCAGGAACACCGCACGGAGAUCGAUGCCAGGGCAGGCACCUUCCAGGCCUUUGAGCAGUUUGGGCAGCAGCUCCUGGCCCACGGCCACUACGCCAGCCCGGAAAUCAAGGAGAAGCUGGACAUCCUGGAUGAAGAGCGGGCCGACCUGGAAAAGGCCUGGGUCCAGCGCCGAAUGAUGUUGGACCAGUGCCUGGAAUUGCAGCUCUUCCACAGGGAUUGUGAACAGGCCGAGAACUGGAUGGCGGCCCGUGAGGCUUUCCUCAACACGGAAGACAAAGGGGAUUCCUUGGACAGCGUGGAGGCCCUCAUCAAGAAGCACGAGGACUUUGACAAGGCCAUCAACGUUCAGGAGGAAAAAAUAGCCGCCCUCCAGUCGUUUGCUGACCAGCUGAUUUCGGCCGAUCACUAUGCGAAAGGGGUGAUUUCCAGCAGGCGCAACGAGGUCUUGGACAGGUGGCGCCGCCUGAAAGCCCAGAUGAUCGAGAAGCGCUCCAAACUGGGCGAGUCUCAGACCCUGCAGCAGUUCAGCCGAGACGUGGAUGAAAUCGAGGCCUGGAUCAGCGAGAAGCUCCAGACCGCCAGCGACGAGUCCUACAAAGAUCCCACCAACAUCCAGCUUUCCAAACUCCUGAGCAAACAUCAGAAGCACCAGGCCUUUGAAGCGGAGCUCCAUGCCAACGCGGACCGGAUCCGCGGCGUCAUCGAUGUGGGCAACUCCCUCAUCGACCGAGGGGCCUGCGCCGGGAGCGAAGACGCCGUGAAGGCCCGCCUGGCUGCUCUGGCUGACCAGUGGCAGUUCCUGGUGCAGAAAUCCGCAGAGAAGAGCCAAAAGCUGAAGGAGGCCAACAAACAACAGAAUUUCAACACCGGCAUCAAAGACUUCGACUUCUGGCUCUCGGAGGUGGAAGCCCUGCUUGCAUCUGAAGAUUAUGGGAAGGAUUUGGCGUCUGUGAACAAUCUCUUGAAAAAGCACCAGCUGCUAGAAGCAGACAUUUCUGCCCACGAGGAUCGCUUGAAGGAUCUCAACAGCCAGGCCGACAGCCUGAUGACCAGCAGUGCUUUUGACACCUCCCAAGUCAAGGACAAGCGCGACACCAUCAACGGCCGGUUCCAGCGGAUCAAAAACAUGGCGGCCGCCCGCCGGGCCAAGCUGAACGAGUCUCACCGCUUGCACCAGUUCUUCCGGGACAUGGACGACGAGGAGUCCUGGAUAAAAGAGAAGAAGCUCCUGGUCAGCUCCGAAGACUACGGCAGGGACCUGACUGGGGUGCAGAACCUGAGGAAGAAGCACAAGCGGCUGGAGGCCGAGCUGGCCGCGCACGAACCCGCCAUCCAGGGCGUUCUCGACACCGGGAAGAAGCUGUCGGACGACAACACCAUUGGGAAGGAAGAGAUUCAGCAGAGGUUGGCCCAGUUUGUGGAGCAUUGGCAAGAGCUAAAGAAGCUGGCCGCCGCCCGUGGUCAGCGGCUGGAGGAGUCUCUGGAGUAUCAACAGUUUGUGGCCAACGUGGAAGAGGAGGAAGCCUGGAUCAACGAGAAGAUGACGCUGGUGGCCAGCGAGGACUACGGAGACACGCUGGCCGCGAUCCAGGGCCUGCUGAAGAAGCACGAGGCCUUCGAGACGGACUUCACCGUGCACAAGGACCGGGUGAACGACGUCUGCACCAACGGCGAGGACCUCAUCAAGAAGAACAACCACCACGAAGAGAACAUCACGGCCAAGAUGAGGAGCCUGAGGGGCAAAGUGUCCGACCUGGAGAGAGCGGCCGCCCAGAGGAAGGCCAAGCUGGACGAGAACUCGGCCUUCCUCCAGUUCAACUGGAAGGCGGACGUGGUGGAGUCGUGGAUCGGAGAGAAAGAGAACAGCCUCAAGACGGACGACUACGGGCGAGACCUCUCCUCGGUGCAGACGCUCCUCACCAAGCAGGAGACCUUUGACGCCGGGCUGCAGGCCUUCCAGCAGGAGGGCAUCGCCAACAUCACGGCCCUGAAGGACCAGCUCCUGGCCGCCAAGCACGUCCAGUCCAAGGCCAUCGAGGCCCGACACGCCUCGCUCAUGAAGCGCUGGAACCAGCUGCUGGCCAACUCCGCCGCCCGGAAGAAGAAGCUCCUGGAGGCCCAGGAGCACUUCCGGAAGGUGGAGGACCUCUUCCUGACCUUCGCCAAGAAGGCCUCGGCCUUCAACAGCUGGUUUGAGAAUGCCGAGGAGGACCUGACGGACCCCGUCCGCUGCAACUCGCUGGAGGAGAUCAAGGCCCUGCGCGAGGCCCACGACGCCUUCCGCUCCUCCCUCAGCUCCGCCCAGGCCGACUUCAACCAGCUGGCCGAGCUGGACCGGCAGAUCAAGAGCUUCCGCGUGGCCUCCAACCCCUACACCUGGUUCACCAUGGAGGCCCUGGAGGAGACCUGGCGCAACCUGCAGAAGAUCAUCAAGGAGCGUGAGCAGGAACUGCAGAAGGAGCAGCGCAGGCAGGAGGAGAACGACAAACUGCGGCAGGAGUUUGCGCAGCAUGCGAAUGCUUUCCACCAGUGGAUCCAGGAGACCAGGACCUACCUGCUCGAUGGCAUAGCAUACCGUCGUGUCAUUCGUGUCUAUCAGUAUGAAGUUGGGGAUGAUCUGUCUGGAAGGUCUUGUAUGGUGGAGGAAUCCGGGACUUUGGAGUCGCAGCUGGAAGCAACCAAACGCAAGCACCAGGAGAUCCGGGCCAUGCGGAGCCAGCUGAAGAAGAUCGAGGACCUGGGGGCCGCCAUGGAGGAGGCGCUCAUCCUGGACAACAAGUACACCGAGCACAGCACCGUGGGGCUGGCUCAGCAGUGGGACCAGCUGGACCAGCUCGGGAUGAGGAUGCAGCACAACCUGGAGCAGCAGAUACAGGCCAGAAACACAACUGGAGUCACCGAAGAAGCCCUCAAGGAAUUCAGCAUGAUGUUCAAGCACUUUGACAAGGACAAAUCCGGGCGCCUGAACCACCAGGAGUUCAAGUCCUGCCUGCGCUCCUUGGGCUACGACUUGCCGAUGGUGGAGGAAGGGGAGCCGGAUCCCGAGUUCGAGGCCAUCCUGGACACCGUGGACCCCAACAGGGACGGACACGUCUCGCUGCAGGAAUACAUGGCUUUCAUGAUCAGCCGGGAGACGGAGAACGUGAAAUCCAGCGAGGAGAUCGAGAGCGCCUUCCGGGCCCUCAGCUCCGAGGGGAAGCCCUACGUGACCAAGGAGGAGCUCUACCAGAACCUCACCCGGGAACAGGCGGACUACUGCAUCUCGCACAUGAAGCCCUACAUGGACAGCAAAGGCCGGGAGCUCCCCUCGGCCUACGACUACAUCGAGUUCACGCGCUCCCUCUUUGUGAACUGAUCCCUCGCUCUCUCUCUCUCGAAAGCACCGCCGGAGCCCCCCGCCGGAAUGCGCACCCCCCUCCCGCCUCUCUGCAUGUGUCCGUCGUGGAGCAAAACAAGCCCAUACUAACCCGUGUUGCUUUUCAGAUGUAGCCUUUCGAUCUGCUUUCAGCUUUAACACUCUUUGAUCCUUAGCACCUGGAGCAAAUAAAUAAAUUAAUGAUGCCGUGUGCCCCAAUAAAUGUUAACCUGGUCCAAACGAAAA